AGUCCAGCUUCCACAAUGACCGGUGCAGCUCACACUGCUCCUGUGCGACUCUUAGUCCUUGUCCUGUUGUCGUGCUGUGUGAGCUGCUCAGGAGGAAAGCGUGUGUUUAAAUGUCCUUCAGGAUGCACCUGUACCACGGAGACCAUCAUCUGCGUCGGAUCAUCCUUCAUCCCCAGGACAGUGCCAGCAGACAUCAGCUCUCUGAGUAUUGUUAAUGGAACUUUCCCAGAAAUCAGAGAAGCUACAUUUGCUCUGAUGCCAUCACUGCACUUGCUGCUCCUUAACUCCAACUCCAUCUCCUGCAUAAAGGACGACGCUUUCUCAGGGCUUCCUCGCCUCGAGUACCUAUUCAUCGAGGGGAACAAGAUAGACGAGAUCAGCAAACACACCUUCAGAGGACUUCGAGACGUCACACACCUGUCUUUAGCGAACAACAAUAUGAAAAGUUUACCCAAAGGCCUGUUCUCUGACCUGAACUCUCUCAUCGAGCUAGAUUUGAGAGGAAACCGGUUUCAAUGUGACUGCCAGUCCAUGUGGCUGAUGUUGUGGCUGAAGAAGACGAAUGCGACGGUUUCAGAUGUCUACUGUGCAGAUCCGGAGGAGACGAAAGGCAUCUUACUGAAGGAUUUCCCUGAGAAACACACCAAGUGUGUCUCCACCGAUUUCAUUCCUCAUCAGACCAUAAACACUCAGUCAAUGUCAGCGGACAUUUUCUCCUAUAAAGAGGACGUGUACGUGGCUCUGGCCGUGCCGAACUCGGACAGCUGUAUCAUCAUGGAGUGGGAUCACAUCGAAACCCACUUCAGGCCUUUCGAUAAUAUCACAGGACGGUCCGUGAUUGGUUGCAGGUCGGUGCUGAUUAACGAGCAGGCAUUCGUGAUCGUCGCUCAGCUCUUCGACGGUUCGCGCAUCUAUAAAUUCGACCAGGAGCUGAACCAGUUCACCAAAUUCCAAACGGUAGAAAUGCUCAACGUGUCCAAGCCAAAUGACAUCGAGGUGUUCCGACUCGGAGAGGAUUGGUUCUUCCUGAUCGUGGACAGCUCCAAAGCAGGCAUGUCCACCCUGUUCAAGUGGAACAACACCGGCUUCUUCCCGUAUCAGUUUCUCCACGAGUGGUUCCGAGACACGGACGCAGAGUUCGUCGACCUGGACGGGAAAUCCGUUCUCAUCCUGACGAGCCGUUCUCAGGCUCCUGUAAUCUACCAGUGGAACAAGAGCACGCAGACUUUUGUCUUCUUUGAGGAAAUACCAAACAUGGACGACAUGGUGAGCGUUAAAGCCUUCAGGAUCGACCGUGUCCUCUUUUUGGCUCUGGCCUGCUACAUCGGAGACUCGAAGGUUCUCAAGUGGACCGGGAAGCGGUUCGAGGAAGUUCAGGGCUUCCCGUCACGUGGUGCGAUGGUCCUCCAGCCGUUCAGCUUCAGAGAUCAGCACUAUCUGAUCCUGAGCAGUGAUUACUCCUUCUCUCAGAUCUUCAGAUGGGACAAGGAGAAGGGUUUCUUCAUUAAAUUCAGGGAGGUGUACGUUCAGUGGCCUCGUUCUUUUACUCCGUUAUCGACCGGUCAGCGUGAUUUUCUCCUCGGCACCAGUUUUAAGGGUAAAACAAAAGUUUUCGAACACGUCUCAGUUGAUUACAGCUGAUGAGGUUAAGAGCACUGUAGUCUGACGUAGAGCUGGGCGAUAAUCAGCUUUUACUGACAACAACAUUUCAUCUGUUUUAUUGAAGUAUUUUUUUUUAUUUUUUUAUAUUAUUAUUAUUAUUAUCUAUAUACUCAGUAUUGUUUAUAGUUUCUCUCCAGCAUUGCUAAUAUUUCCCUUUCUUUGAGCACAGGUUUAAUCCUGAUCUCAACCAAUCAGGGCAAGUCUUGAGGCAAAAAGGAUCGGAGGUGAAGUGACCUCAGUUAAAUAAAUAUACACUGUGAGUCUGGUUUAGAAGUAAUCUUCUAGCCAUCUUUUGCCACUUAAGGGACCGUUUACAUCACUUUUUACAUAACGUUUAAUAUAACGGAGUUUAUUUUCAUGUGAAAGGGAAUUUUGAAGAAUUCUCCUUUACAGUUUCAGUCCUUCAAUGUGAGCCAAACUGAGGUGUGUUCAGGACGGAUGUCUUAAACCCUUUUCCCACAGAACGUUGGCUCAGUCCCAGCUGCUUCCUCCGUCAUAGCUUUUGUUUGCACAAACCCAAAUUAUUUUCCAAUGAAUUCACUAUUUGUUUUCCACAAAGCCUCUGAGGUGAUCAGUGACCUCAAGAUGCUCGAGAAGUCGCCACAAAUUGUUUAAUUGGAGUCCAUUUUAGAAAACGUUGGUCAGAAUAAAUCAGGUGCACUGAUACAGGUUUAUGUAGCAUGUAGCGUUAUUCCAAGAUUAAAAGGAAAGUAACUCGUGACCUCAUAGUUAUCUCAUGGCCACACGUCUUUAAAACAAACGCUCCUGUGUCACCUCAGUGGCUCCUCCACAUAUAACCACAUGAGUAAAUGAAAGCACAGCGACUGUGAUGUUGACUAAACAAACGCACUGUAUGUGUUCAGUACACCAACAUGGCUGUUUGCUCAGGUUCCCAUCACCUUUCUGUCGCGUCCUGAUGGACAAAUGACAAAUGAUUGUACUUUAAAACCCCAGUUUAAUAUUUUAUCAGAGUGUGAACAUUAGCAUAUCGCCCAGCUCUACUCUUGUGAAAUUAUGACUUAAGACUAAAUACAUUUGAAUCGUUCCCUGAUGAAGAUAUACAGAUAAUAAUCCUGUCUUGGGCUGUGCAAUAUUAUAUCAGUAAAAAAAAUAAAUUAUAAUAAUAAUAAUAAUAAUAUAAUAAUAAUAAUCUGGCCUUUCUGUCUUGCCUGGAAGAGGCUUCAACAUGGUGCAUGUCUAUAUUUCUCAGUAUGCAAUGAUUUUACAUUUACUGUUAUAUUAAAUCAAU